GUGGGGCUGUUCUACCCCGAGAGAGUGGUUGUCAACCACAGAGCGAGAUGACCACAAGGGUUUGUCACUUGCGAUAAGGCUGCAGGUGGCUUACGUGUGCUGGAGCACUGUCCGUUGCAAAUAGCCGACAGGAAACAGUUCUCCAGUUUUGGUCUUUUUUCCCCCCUUUAUUUUUUCCUUGGGGUGGGGGUGGGGUUCUUUUUUGUGACACAGGGUUUCUCUGUGUAGCCCUGGUUGUCCUUGAACUCACUCUGUAGACCAGGCUGGGUUCGAAUUCAGAGAUCUGCCUGCCUCUGCCUCCCAAGUGCUGGGGUGAAAGAUGUGCACCACCAUUCCGCUGGUCUAUUUUUUUUUUUAAAAGAGCCUCAUUAUAUACCCUGGGAUGGCUUUGAAAUUUUUAAAAUAAUUUUUAAUUAUAUCUGUGUGUGUAUACAUAACGAGGUUUGGAAAAUAACUUGCGAGUCAGCUCUCUCCUCCUGCCAUUUCGGACCAGGAAUGGAAGUCCAAUCCUUUGGCUUUACAGCCCUUUACUUUGCCCCCUGAGCAGUGUCAGCAGCCAAGCCCUGAACUCUUGAUCUCCUGCCUCUGCUUUCUAAGUAUUGGGAAUACCGGCAUAAGCUAUCAUAACCUGGCUUGGGGUGUCUCAGGCACCGUGCCCACAUACACCCAACCCCAACCCCCACACACACAUCCAGCGCAUGUCAGUUAGUCCAUCUAACAGAAAAGACUGAGCUGGGCUACAGCCGGGGAUCACAGAGGACCAGGUUCCUUCUGCCUCUGCCUUCCUCAGGGUGGCUUCUUCUGCAGCCCUGGGCUUAUGUCUCCCAUCCUGUUUGUGCAGCCUGGACGUGUCCAUCACUGUGUCACCCGUGACUCUUCUCAACCCAUAAUCAUGGCCUUUGCUUCUUAGCUUGGACUUGGGUCACAUAUCUGCCUCUGGAGCUGGGUCCACCAUCAAUACCGCCCAAAAAGUACAGCCUGAGGCGGGGGCAGGCGUAGCUUGCAAAGGAAACUGGGGGCCCUGUUGCCAAGGGAAUGAGGUGGUGAAAUCACAAAAGCUACAUCAUAAACAACAGAGGUUCCAGGGGCCCUGGGCACCAUCUUCCCAGUCACUUCGGUGCUUGGCACGGGUGGAGGCAGAGGCUGCAAGUAGAGACCUGCAUGUAGCCUGGGUUUCUGUGGUGUUCCGUCCUGUGGGAGACCUGAGGAGCAGGAAGCUGUGGCCGCUCAGCCUAGAUGUGCUGUCCCUGGGGGAACCCUGUCAGCUCAGGCACAGGGGAAGCAGCAAAAGGAGAGGGAUCCUGGGGUUUGGGUCCUGGAAAGGAUCUUUGAGAACUGGAGUGUCCAACGCUGGGGCCACUGGCCACUGGCCACUGUUGAGGUUUUUUUAAGAUACCGGGUCUAAAGUAACGUGUACCAUUGAUGUGACAUGUUGUGGCUUCUGAAAACUACGACCAAGACAAAUGGCCUAAGAUCUGGUUAACAUUUUAUGUUGGCCACAUAAUUUAUUCCAAGUCCUGUGACAUGUUGGGAUAGUAUAUACUAAAUGUCACUUCUCUUUUACAUUUAAAAUUUCUUUUUUUUAAAAAGGAUUUAUUUAUUUUAUGUACAGCAUUCUGCCUGCAUAUGUGACUGCAGGCCAGAAGAGGGCAUCAGAUCCCAUUACAGAUGGUUGUAAGCCACCAUGUGGUUGCUGGGAAUUGAACUCAGGACCUCUGGAAGAACAGUCAGUGCUCUUAACCACUGAGCCAUCUCUCCAGCCCACAUUUAAAAUUUCUUAGAGGCUGGGCAUGACGGUGCAUGCCUUUAAUCCCGGCACUCAGGAGGUAGAUUUCUUGUGAAUUUGAGGCUGGCCUGGUCUGUGUAGUGAGUUCCAGGACAGCCAGGGCUAUGUAAAGACACCUUCCCUCAAAACCACAAAUUAAUUAGUUAAUUAUAUUUCUUCAAGAUUCUUUUUAAAAAUUACAUGUGUAUAUCUAUCAAGUGCCUGCAGUACCCAGAUCUGGAGUUAAAAGCAGCUGCGGGGGGCUGGGGAUUUAGCUCAGUGGUAGGGCGCUUGCCUAGGAAGCGCAAGGCCCUGGGUUCGAUCCCCAGCUCCGAAAAAAAAGAACCAAAAAAAAAAAAAAAAAAAAGCAGCUGCAGUCUGCCUGACCUCAGGUGAAAGAGCCCCUAACCACUGAGCCGUCUCUUGAAGGCUUGCUUUUGUUAUUGUUCCCCACACACACACAACGCACACGCACACCCGUGCGCACACACACACACAGGAAUGCACACACACGCACACAAGCAUGCACACAUGCACAGACGUACACACACACACAUGUGCGCGCACGCACACACACACAAAUAUAACCUGGUCCGCCAGGCCAGUAAGGUGGCUCAGCAGAAAAGGCCACUUGCAGCUGAGCCGAGUUCUAGCCCUAGAACGCACAUGGUUGAAGGAGAGAACCAGCUUGCACUGGUCGUCUGAUCUCUAUGCAUGAACACAGGGUUAAUUUUUUUGUGUAAAUGUGGCCUCCAGAAAACUUGAAGUGUGGUGUAGAAACAGCCAUGGUGGUGCGUGCCAGGGAUUCCAGCACUCAGGAAGCUUAGGCAGCGGGGUGGCAAGUCCAAGACCAGUCUGGGUGAUCUAUGGAGACUCCAUCCAAAGAAAUAAGAAAUCACACUGGGUGGUGAUGGCGCACGCCGUUAACUCCAGCACUCAGGCAUCAAGGGCAGAUGGGAUCUCUAUGAGUUUGGGGCCAGCCUGGUCUACAGAGUUCCAGGACAGCCAGGACUACACAGUGAAACCCUGUCUCCAAAAAUCUAAACACUGGAAAGAGAAGAAAUCACAUGGCUAAAGUUGUGUUUGAUAAUGUAUUUAGACCAGACAGCACUGUUUCAGGUCUGAGAAUUCACACGAAAAGGUGGUGCCUGUGGCACAGGCUUCUGAGCCUCCUGCUGUAGAGGUGUGCUUGGGGUUCACUGGCCAGCUAGCCUAGUCUGACUGGUGAGCUCCAGGCCAAUAAGAGACCUUGUCUCAGCGAUGGACUGUGUUUCUGAGGAAGAUACCUCCAGGCCGGCUUUCUUAAAGGCUGCAGAAAACUUCACCCUCUUGGUAAAGAACAACAUCUGGUACCCCAAGUUUAACUUCAGCAAGAGGAACAUCCUCCCCAACAUCACCACGUCCUACCUCAAAUCGUGCAUUUACAAUGCUCAAACGGAUCCCUUCUGCCCCAUAUUCCGUCUUGGCACAAUCGUGGAGGACGCGGGACAUAGCUUCCAGGAGAUGGCAGUUGAGGGAGGCAUCAUGGGUAUCCAGAUCAAGUGGGACUGCAACCUGGAUAGAGCCGCCUCCCUUUGCCUGCCCAGAUAUUCCUUCCGGCGCCUGGACACCCGGGACCUGGAACACAAUGUGUCUCCUGGCUACAAUUUCAGGUUUGCCAAGUACUACAGGGACCUGGCCGGCAAAGAGCAGCGCACACUCACCAAGGCGUACGGCAUCCGCUUUGACAUCAUCGUGUUUGGAAAGGCUGGGAAGUUUGACAUCAUCCCUACCAUGAUCAAUGUUGGCUCUGGCUUGGCGCUCCUCGGGGUGGCGACGGUGCUCUGUGACGUCAUAGUCCUCUACUGCAUGAAGAAGAAAUACUACUACCGGGACAAGAAAUAUAAGUAUGUGGAAGACUACGAGCAGGUAGGCUCCUGUACCCGGGAUGGGCGCAAAGUGCGACACCUUGCCUUUGUCUCUUGUCCCCAUGGAGACCACCAAGCGAAGGCCCCCCCCUACAAAGGCUGGCACCGGCCAGCUGAUCACCCCAGCUACACCUGUGCUAGCAUGUAUUUCCUUUCUUCAGCUGGGCUCCCUCUCUAAAACCCAGCUGUCUUUCACCUUGCACUUACCGCAGUCACACCUUGACUGGGAUAGUGGGCAGCAGGCCAGCAUCUCCAUCCACACCGUGCACACGCUCCUCUUGCGGAACGAGGGGUUUGUACCCUACUGUGAGACCCUCCAGAACCAACUCGAGACCUCUCUGUUGUUCCAGAUCCUUCCACAAGCCCUCAGGAAAAGCACCAAGCUGCUGUCCGCCAUCCGUCGGUGGCUGGGCACAUGGUGGCAACACAGGCUGGGUAGUUACUGGUUCUCUCCUCUUCGCAGGGUCUUUCGGGGGAGAUGAACCAGUGACGCCUAAAGUUACAUUUCCACCCCGCUCAGCCCGCGAAGCAGAAAGAUGGGGAGAGAUGGCUACUGCGUCUGUCACUCUAGAGAAAGCUCCAGAGUUUCAGCUCAGUUCUCCACUCCACAAAUACUCAGGGUUGCCCAAGCACGUCUUGUUGAGCCCGGUUCUUGCUCUGCUGCUCAGAUGGGCUUCAGAUACAAGAUCCUCCUGCUUCUGCCUCUAGGAAUGCUGGGAUCAUACAUGUUCACUGCAAUGCCCAUUUCCCAUGGGAGUUUUGGCAUUUUUUACAUUUUACCUUUCCUUUGUAUACAUCUAAGGCUGGCCUCAGACGCAAGACGUUCUUCCACCCUAUACACCCUUUUAAUCUCACUGUGUGUGGGAGGGGGGUCGUUUGCACACGACGCACGGUGGAUGUCUGGUGUGCUGUUGGCUGGGCCACCUGUGGCUUAUACAGUGUGAGCGUAUGGAGGUAGGAAGGGUCUGAGAGCAGAGACACUGCUGUGGCUUACGGACAGGCCCAGGCUCUGUCCACGCACUUUAUUUCUAAGGAAGGAGGCUCUCUCAGGUGCUGUCAGCAGGCCUGGGACACCAUUCCUCUUCCCUAUAAUCAGAGAAGUUGUCCUUGUAGCAAAGGCAGGGUUAGCUUUUCCUUUUAUAAGGGCUGUGUUGAAAUGACCUAGGACCAAACAUUAAAAGAAAUAAUUUUUUAAA